UGUUUGCAGAAAAAACAGAAACCGAAAACGCGCGUCGCUUUGUUGUCAGUUCUAUUUUUUUUUUGUCGCGCAUUUCUCGUGCGUUUCUUUCUCGCUACGCCUCCGCCUUGUUGUUCUUUUUUCAUUUUUAUCUUAUUUUGUUACAUUAGUUCUUGCCAUAGUUAAUAUGUUUUAACUAUUCCGCUCGGCGCGACCCAUCUGACCAACAUGCAUUAUUUAUCAAUUUAUCAAAGUAAUAAUUGUUAAUAAACAAUGAUAGCCGACUACUAAUAACUAUAAAGAUAACGAAAAACACCGAUAAACAACGAUAAACAACGAUAAACAACGAUAAUCGACGAGCAUUCCGAACAAAAGUGCCUUGAUAUAAAAAUCAAAAGAGCUCCAGAAAAAUCAAAAAGAUCAGCAUCCACAAUUGGAGAUUCAAUAUCGACUGGGCACCGAAAGUGGCGAUAAAAACCUACUAAACAUUAUAAUCAGAGCUUUAAAUCCGUCACGAUCCACAAUUGAAAGAUCAAAAAUUCGAGAAUUCGAGCUUUUGGUAUCAUUGAUGAUAUAGAUCAAACCACAAAAAGAGCCUACAUGUUAAAUAGAGCCAAAAUAUCAGUGACUAUCCAAAAGUAGAGCCCUAAAGUUUCAAAGUUAAUGGUUUACGUUUUGCUACAACAACCACAUCAUUUACACAAGAAUAUCCGACAAAUUUUCAAUACGAUUUUACCAACAACCGAGAAUCACAGUAAAAAUGAUUAAGCUGAAAUCAUUGUUUCGCAGAGGACAAGGGACCUCGAGUUCCAACUCCUCGAACUCUUCGCACAAGCAACAGCAGCAGCACUCCAACAACAACCGCCAGAAGUCGCAGUCGAGUACAUCCCUAAACACGGCCCACGAACAACAACAACAGCAACAACAACAACAGCAGCAGCAGCAGCAGCAACUCCAUAACGCAGCAACAGCUGCAACAGCGAGUGGCACAACGACAAAGUUUUAUUCCAAUCACGAGGCAGCCACUUACGAAAGGGGCGUGGAUGUUGGCGAUGAUGAGGCGCUGCUGCUGACGAAUCAACAACAACAACAGAGACUUCAACAACAAUUGCAACAGCAGCAACAGAGCAACACGCUGCCGCUGAAAAAGUCAAAGUUAAAAGGACAAAAGCAACCAAAGCAGCUGCCAAUAUUGCAACAACAGCAACUUCAGCAACAACAACAACAACAACAACUGCAACUGCAACUUCAACAACAGCAACAGCAACUGCAACUUCAGCAACAACAACAACACCAACAAGCAGCGCCCCGCAAUGCGAAUGUACAACCAGAACAUCAACAAAGCCAACAACUAAUGACUUCUAUUGCGGCCGUGCCCCCAGCAGCGGCAACUAACAACAGCAGCAGCACCACCAGCAGCAGCAACAACAACAACAUUAACAACAACAACGCAUUGUCCGCAUUGCAAGAUGGUGGCGCUGCUGAUUUCUAUCAACAACUAGCAGCAGCAGCCACAGCAGCAUCGGCCACAUCAGCCAGUGCCAGUGCCAGUGGCAGUGGCGGUGGCAGUGGCAGCAACAACAUUGGAAGCAACAACAGUAGCGGCAAUAGUACGGCGGCAAGCGCAUUUCCGGCCGCAGCAGCCGCCGUGGCUGUGGCAGCCGUGGCAGCCAACAGUUAUCAGCAACAGCAACAGCAGCAGCAGCAGCAGCAACAACUAUUUAACAACGAACAGCAACAACAGAAGCUCUUAGAGGCUAACAACAAAAUGCAGGAGCUGCAGAGGCAGCUGGAUCGACUGGGAAGCGAGCAACUGCAGCUGGAGACACGCAUCACGGAGCUGCUGCCAUACCAAAGCGAGGUGGCCAAACUGAAGGGCGAUCUGGUUAAGAUGCAGAAUCUACAGGAGAAAACACAAAUGGAAAUCGGCAAUCUGAAAUAUGAAAAUGAAUCUUUGCGCAAUCGUUUGCGGGACGUUGUCAUCUCGCCAUUGUCGGAUGCGGAGAAGCAUCAGAUUAUACAAGAAUCGCAGCGUUUGCAUAGCUCAGCGCCCGCCUCCAUAGCACUGCCUAGUACAAACGAAGCGCACGAUGGGACGCCCUGCCUCACGCCCGACUGGGACAAGCAGUCGUCGUCCAGCGAGGUAUCAGUAGCCUGCCUGCAGGACAAGAUCAUCCAGAUGGAGGAGACCCACUACUCGACCAAUGAGGAGCUGCAGGCCACCCUUCAGGAGCUGGCCGACCUGCAAACGCAGCUAAGCGACACCCAAACGGAGAACGAGCGGCUCGCCGAGGAGAAGGACGUGCUCUUUCAGUCGCUCUGCCGCCAGACGGAGAAGCUGAACGAGUCCCGAACGCAGAUCAGUAACCUCCAGGAGCUGCUGCUGCGCGACACCAAGCAGGCGGCUGAGGUGUGCACCUCGGAGCGUGAGAAGAAGCUGCUGGAUCUCAUCCAGACGUCACAAGAGGAGCGCGAGGCGGUGCUGCUAAAGCAGGAGGAGCUCAACGGAGAGCUGGCCGAGCUGCGGCAGACCCGCGAUGCCGCACAGCAAGAGCAGCAGCGGCAACGAGAGCGAAUCGCACUGCUCGACUCGCAGCUGGACGCGGCCACGGCGGAGCGCAAGCAGGGCGAGGCACAGUUCUCGCAGGCCAAGGAGGAUAUUUCGCAGCGAGCCAUCGAAAUCAGCAGGCUGAGCACGCUGCUCGAGAAUGCCCGCUCCAAGAUCGAGGAACUGGAAGCGGACUUGGCGCGCGGCGACAAGACCGAUCUCAGCGACGUACUGGACGCGGCCCGGCGCGAGAAGGAUGCCCUGGAAGAGCGGGUAGCCGAGCUGCAGGAUCAGUGGUCGCGCAGCCAGGCGGAGCUGCGCCGCCUGCGGGAGCAGCUGGCCGGACUGAGCGAGGAGUGCAAGGUGGCAAAGAACAAUGCCAAGUGCGCCGUCUCCCAUCUGGAGUACCGACUGGAACAGUUGCAGCUCGAGAAGGACAAGCUGGCCGGUGAUUGCCAGGCGUUGGAGGAGCGGGUGGCUGAACUGCAGGUGCAGUCCAAGUGCCACCACGAGGACAAGGCCCAGCUGCAGACGCUGCUCGGAGAAACACAGAGGCACCUGGGGGACGUGAAGCUGAAGCUGAGCGACACCGAGCAGCGGCUGGACAAGGAGACUCAGUUGCGGCGACGAGAGGCUGAGGAAUGGCAACAGUUCCAGGCAGAUCUUCUGAUGACCGUGCGUGUUGCAAACGACUUCAAGACUGAGGCGCUAAGCGCUCGCGAGCAGCUCCUGCUCGACAACAAGACGCAAAAGGAGAAGAUCCGGCUGCUGGAGCAGCAGCUGGAGAAGCUCACCCCCAAGCAGCAACCGCAGCCGUCGGAGACGCCACAGUUGGUGGCGCUGGAGAUGGCCGCGCGUCGCAGUAAACUAAGCUUUAGCCGGCAGGACUCCAGGCUGUCCGUCAAGACCCUCAUAGAGAGCAUCGAGAAUAACAAGGCGCAAGGAAAGUCGGAUGAGGCGGAGUCAAACUACAGCUCCAACUCGAGCCUGAACAGCGGCACUCCCGAGCUGGGGAACACUCCCAUCAUUCUGCCCGCCUCCGGUGACUGGCACGAGAGCCUUCGGUUGCCAGUCCUGCAGAGCAGCAAUCUGCACGUAAAUGUUGGAACAACGGCAGCAACAGCUGACGCUGGAACUGGAGGAGGAUCAGCUAACUCUACCAAAGCCACAUUGCCGUUGCGGGAGCAGCAGCAGCAGCAGCAGGUGACGGCUGCCAACUCGCAGCCCUCCACACCGGCCACGCCCAGCAGCAGCGGCAGCAGUCAGCCGCCUAGUCUGCCCUUUGGCAGUGUCUCAAAGUCCUUCAUUAGCGGUGAGCGCAAGGAUCCGCUGAAUAUGCUGGCCAAAAACGGCGGCUCCAAGAGGAAUGCACUGCUGAAGUGGUGCCAGAACAAGACAGUGGGCUACCGCAACAUUGACAUUACGAACUUCAGCUCAUCGUGGAACGAUGGCCUGGCCUUCUGUGCAAUCCUCCACUCCUAUCUGCCGGAUCGCAUACCAUACGACCAGCUCAGUCAGGCGAACAAACGGCGAAACUUUUCACUAGCCUUUGCCGCUGCCGAAUCUGUAGGAAUUGGCACCACACUGAACAUCAACGAUAUGUGCCAGCUAGAGCGGCCCGACUGGAUGCAGGUGAUGUCCUAUGUGACGGCGAUCUACAAAUACUUUGAGACCUAGAUAUGUUACGCCUCACGCCUCACGUCUCCCGUCUUUUGUGUAUAUUUAUAAUCAGCGUUUCCUCAAUGUUUGGCGUUCAGACUACCCCUCUGAGCUCUGACACGACAAGAAGAAAAUAUUUUAACUUUAGCCCCCGCCCGCUACACCCUUAGUGUAUAUGUGUUUUUUCUCUUUUUUUUUUUUUGCUUCAGACCCUAAUUGUAUGUCUAUAUCUAUGUGUACGUCUGUGUCUAUAUCUAUGUACCCCAUUUGUAGACUAGUGGGCGCUCGAUAUUGGUGGACAGGUGGUCGAAAAAUCUUGACUUAUUUGAAUGAAUGAAUGAAACGGAACAACAGCAAUAGCAACAACAACAUCAUGAAAACCAAUUGUUUAUUAAAUAUUAAGUAAUCUGUAAAAUGCAUUUGUUUGUUUUUUCGGUUUUACAGAAGAACGCUAGAACUCUAGAUAUCGUAUAACUUAGUUUAAAGAUACUCGUAUGUUUAAAAAGCAGCUUCGAGGGUUGUUGUUCAGGUUCCGGAUGGGUACCAAGAGAGCUGUAUUGAGAGUGCCACCUGGCGAGUGUCCACUGUAUUUUCUGUGUGUGUCCGCGUGUAUGUGUUUUUUUUUGUAAUUGUAAUUUUUAUUGUGUACGCUUGAUAAAGAAGAAUAGCUUAAGCAAACCACAUAAGCUGAUGCGAAUGGUGAUGAUGGACAACUAUAGCGAUAGAGGUGGAGCAGCAGCAAGAGAUGGAAAGGAAAAGGAGUCCGGACUAGCUUUAGCAUACCAUACAUAUAUACUAUAUUUAUUUAUUCCAACUACUACUCGUACAUCAGAUCACUAAACUGUAUUUUCUCAACGAUUCAUUCUACAAAUACGAUACUAUAAAGAACAAAAUUAACGCGCAAUGAAACAAUUCAUCUGUC